UUUCGGUUGCCCAUGUUUUGGAGUUAGCGUGGGAAGUGGUAAGACCAAGAAGCGUAUUUCCGAACUGUGCGAUACAAAACUUGGCAUUAGAAAUCUGAAUUCUCACCACCUGUCUUGCUCGAAUCGCGAAACCCACGGAACAGAGAAAUUGAACCGUCCAAUAAUCCAAAACCAAACCCCCCAACGAUGCAUCAGAGAUCUAGAAGACGCUGUGAGGGCACGGCUAUGGGUGCCAUCGUCCUCGAUCUUCAACCCGGCCUUGGCCUUGGCCCCUUCAAUCUCGGAAUGCCAAUUUGUGAAGCAUUUGCACAAAUAGAGCAGCGCCCUAACAUCUAUGACGUUGUCCAUGUGAAAUACUUCGACGAGGAGCCUCUGAAACUCGAUAUUGUUAUCAGCUUCCCAGACCAUGGUUUUCAUCUUCGGUUUGACCCUUGGUCACAGAGGUUACGUCUUAUUGAAAUAUUUGAUGUAAAGCGACUUCAAAUGCGAUAUGCUACUUCUCUGAUUGGAGGACCAUCCAAUCUUGCUACCUUUGUAGCUGUGUACGCACUUUUCGGGCCCACUUUUCCUGGAAUUUAUGACAAAGAUAGGGGUGUUUACACUCUAUUCUAUCCAGGACUUUCAUUUGCAUUUCCAAUACCAAGCCAAUAUACAGAUUGUUGCCAUGAUGGAGAAGCGGAGCUACCUUUGGAGUUUCCUGAUGGUACAACCCCGGUUGCAUGUCGAGUCUCCAUAUUUGAUAGUUCUACAGUAAAAAAGGUUGGAGUAGGAGCCUUAAUGGAUAAGGCUUCUGCUCCCCCAUUGCCUGCUAACAGCCUUUAUAUGGAGGAGGUCCAUGUUAAGCUUGGUGAUGAAUUAUACUUUGCUGUGGGUAGUCAGCAUAUUCCUUUUGGUGCAUCACCACAGGAUAUUUGGACAGAAUUAGGGCGCCCUUGUGGGAUCCAUCAAAAACAGGUAGAUCAAAUGGUUAUUCAUUCUGCUUCUGAUCCCCGUCCCAGGACAACCCUUUGUGGAGAUUACUUCUAUAACUAUUUUACCCGUGGUUUGGACAUCUUAUUUGAUGGGCAGACUCAUAAAAUCAAGAAGUUUGUUUUGCAUACCAAUUACCCUGGUCAUGCUGAUUUCAAUUCAUAUAUCAAGUGCAACUUUGUAAUCCAUGUUUCAGGUUCUUUUGAUGAAGCGAACAGUAAAAACUCUAUAACCCCUAGCACGAAGUGGGAAGAUGUUAAGGAAAUCCUUGGGGAUUGUGGUCGAGCUGCCAUCCAAACGCAAGGUUCAACAAACAAUCCUUUUGGAUCUACUUUCGUCUAUGGCUAUCAGAAUGUUGCAUUUGAGACAUUAUAAGUUGAUUGCUUUAUUAAAGGCAGUCUGUUAAUGAGCAUCAAUGACAUGGGCAGGUGAUGAAAAAUGGUUACAUUGCCACAGUUACCCUCUUCAAGUCAUGAUGGCUUCUUACUCUUGUUCAAUUUGUAAUGGCUGUUUAAAGAAAAUGAAGUGAGCUUUGCAUAUGAUUAGUUCUUCAGCACUUCAUUGCUGGUUUGGUUAUGCGGGUUAUCCAGCUUCUGUGUAAAUUCUCACCUUGUAUGAAGCACCAAAUACUCAACUAGGCAUUAAUUAUCAUGAUGGACAGCAUAAUGAUGUACAUAACUAUUGAUUUGUAUAUAUAUAAUAUGAUACUGUUUCAAUGAACAUGUUCACGGGAUCUUGUUCCUCCAGUA